AUUUUUCCACUUCUGCCAGCGAAGGACUCUCCAUUUUUCCAGAGGUCAAAGCAAAAGCACUUAGAAUCUCAUGAUUUAAGGAACCUCAGAGAUUGAUUCAUCAAAAUACCCUCUGGAGCAGGACAUGGCUCCUACCCUCGGUCAUUUGAGCCCAUCCUUGUUGUAGGAGUGUGUGCCUUCAUAGGCUAAAGAUUGAAAGGUUGGAGAAUGCCACUGAACCGUGUCGAAGAGUGAUGUAGGAGUGGGAGCUCAUCGGGAAGAAAAUAUUCAGGCAGCAUAUAGAGAAAUAGAGGCACAACUACCAGGACCAUUUUGUUCGCAGUCUCUCUCCUUGGGUAGCUGAAUGCCCCUGAAGGCUUGGAAGGUCUUGCUAGUUAUUAUGGACCUAAAUAAGGCAAGACCAGUGGAGGAAAAGAGUUGGCCUUGGCUUUCUGACAAACCUGGUCCUGAUGAUUCAUGGCCUACAUCAGCUAGCCAAGACUUAGAUUUCGGUACCAAGGAAGGAACAGCAAAGUCAGCAACGGAAGCAAAGGAAGAUGGUGUUGGUAUUAUUGAAAAUGUGCCACCAGAGCAAACAGUUAAUGGCAGUUUGACUUCUGCUGGUGGAGUGCAUAAAAAUGACAGAAGUGAUAUCAUGUCAGCAUUAGAAUUAGGAGAAGAGGAAGAUGUAGAAUCACCUUCUCUUCCUGAGUAUCAAGUUCCAUUAAAGGUUGAAGAAAAAAAGAAGCACAGAGGAAGUGACAUAGAAGUAUCAGAAAACAUACAUGAUGCUGCGGCUGCUGGAUUAAUUCCACAAAGACAGAAUGGAAAAACUGAUAACCAUCAAUUGCCUAUUACAGAAAAUAAAGAUUCUGAUAGGAGGGAACCUGGUUUACAUGUGAAGAAGUUAAAGAAAGGUGAAAAUGAAAAAGGGACAUCAAAAGGAUCUGUGAUCACACCAGUGUUGCAGAAGGCAGAUUCCCUAACUGGUGGUCCACUACAAAAGAAUGAUGGCAGCCAUUUCAGUGAAAAGGAUCAGCAUGAAAGCAGACCUGCAAAGAAAAUUUCUAAGAAAAAGAACAAGGUCAAAAAGCAAAUUACCUCUAUGGAUGACCUUGUCGACUUCAUUCAGUCAUCUGAAACAGCUUCAGAGCAUUGUGAGUUGCCUUACUCUAAGAAUUUCAUGUUGCUGAUUGAACAACUUGGCAUGGAUUGUAAAGAUUAUGCUGGCUUCUUGAAAAUCCGAGAUAUAUGUGUUUCUUAUGAGAAAUUAAGGAAACUUAACAAAAAUCACUGUAAACUUCUUAUGGGAAAAAUGACAGAAAUGGACAAAGUGGUUAGUGCACUACAGAACGAGCUACGAGAAGCCAAAGACAUGAUAUCACGGUUAGAACAUCAAAAAGUGGAAUGGGAACGUGAAUUCUGCAGUUUGAGAUGUACCUUAAAACAAGAAGAAGAAGAAGAAAGAAGAAAUACUGAUAUGUUAUAUGAAAAUAUUAGGGAAAAGUUAAGAAGAAAAGAAGACGAAUAUAAGAAAGAAGUUGAAACAAAACAACAAGUUGAACUCGCUCUUAGAACGCUAAACAUGGAAUUGAAGGCCACCAAAAAUCAGGUAGUUGCAAGACAACUUCAACAAGAACUGGCUGAUACUCUGAAGAAACAGUCUAUGUCAGAGGCUUCCCCAGAGGUUACAUCAUAUCUUUGUCUGGAAGAUGAAACACGGGAUCUCAAGAAGAAAUUAGCUCAAAUCAGAAGUCAGUUGCAAGAAGAACAGGAACGACAUGGAGAGGCCGUAAGAUAUGCUGCGGAGAAGAAAGAUCAUGUGCAAAAGCUACAGGUUAAAAAUGCCACACAAGAAGCAACCAUCAAACAUCAAGCGGCCCAAAUUCAAUAUCUUGAGAGCAACGUGAUAAAGACAAGUUUGUUACAAGAAGCACAGGAACGACAUGCAGAGGCCGUAAGAUACGCUGAGAAGAUUAAAGAUCAUAUGCUAAAGUAUAAUUUAAACCUCACAGAAAAUAACUUGUUUAUUUAUAAAGCAGAUAAGGAGUGUACUAUGAGAAAUGUAUUAGUUAUGCGAGUAUAUCAUUGUUUGCAAGAAGCAAAGGAUCGAGAGGCAAAGGACAUAAGAUAUGCGGAGAAGACGCUAGAAGUGCAAAAUGCCAGACAGGAAGAAACCAUCAAACAACAAGCCGCCCAAAUUCAAAACCUUCAGAGCAACUUGUUAAAGACAAGUUUGUUGCAAGAAGCAAAGGAUCAACAUGCAGAGGCCAUAAGAUAUGCCGAGAAGACGCUAGAAGUGCAACAUGCCAGGCCAGAAGCAACCAUCAAUCAGCAAGCGGCCCAAAUUCACAAUCUUCCGAGAAACUUGUUAAGGACAAGUUUAGCUGAUGUCCUUACAACAGAACUGGAAACUACAUCUUCAAAAUGUCUACACAUGGAUGCAAAAAAUCAAGUUCUUCAACAAGAGUUAUUAUCAAUGAAAGCUUUUGAAGAAGAACGUGAAAAACUAGAGAGCAACAACAAGAAGUUACAGCAAGAAGUAGUAAAAUUGAAACAAUUUAUGGAAAUGAAUAUGGUAGAACGCGGUCAAGUGGAACAGUAUAAACGGGAGAUUGAAGAAAGAGCACGACUGGACAUAGAAGAAAAAUGACACGAAGUCAACCUGUUUUUACAGGCACAAGCAGCAGCUCGAGAAAAUUUGGACCAGGUAAGAGAAAAUGCUCAUGCUUCAACGAGAAGUCAAAUGGAACUUAGAAUUAAAGAUCUGGAAUCUCAGCUCUCUACAAUGAAGAUGUCUCAAGUAGAUUCGACUAAAACAGAGUUGGAAACCUACAGGCAACUCUACCUAGAAGAAUUAAAAGUUAGAAAGUCCUUGAGAAAUAAGCUGAACACGACUAAUGAGAGACUGUCAGAGAGCAAUACAAAACUUCUUGUGGAGAGACAGCAGCACCAAACUUUACUCAGGACCCUUACUAUGAGCCCAGGCCUGGAACCACCUUAUUGUGGAUAUUUUGAAAAUAAUUUAGUGCUCAAUGGAAACCUUACUCCAAGAGGAAACUUAGUGAUUCCUACCUUAAACCCACGACCGUCAUAUGACGACAGGGAGACUUCCUUGUGGAAGACGCAGCAGGAGUUGGAGAAAAGAAUAACCAGAGCAUUAGAAGAAGCUGCUACCAAAUUUGAAUGAGGAUCCUGUAGAAAUCCUUUAGUAUCUACUGAUGAUUCAAUUCUAAAUCAAGAUCCAGUAUGGAAAGCGUCACGAGAAUAUGUACAGAUUUUGAACAAAAAUUAUACAAUUUGAAAAAUAAAUAGAAAAAAUUUA